CUUCACAGACAAUAUACAAACACACACAACGUAAAACAAGUGAUGACGACGACUGUGCUGCAACAGGAAACAGUUUGGAUUUGGGAGGGAAAUACCAUCUCUACUUUUAAGAUUAGGUUUAACACUGUCUUCCACAGUGUGUCCUUGCUUCCUCUCCUCAGCCCUAACUGGCAACAGGAAACAGUUGCGUAUCUACCUCUCUUGCCUCACCCGCGUCUUUCCCACUUUUAAAAAGCUUCUUAUGCCCAUGUUGAGUUUCGUUAGCUUAUUAGCAAACAGCAGUUUGUUAGACCGUCUGCCAAACAGUGCGGUAUUCGCCAAAAAAGUCUCCUUUGUAUGAAGUGUGUAAUUUGUGUUCGUUUGGUUUUCCUCCAUCCAUCCAUCGAUCUUCUUCCCCUUUAUUCGGGGCCGGUUCACGGGGGUAGCAGCCUAAGCAGAGAAGCCCAGACCUCCCUGUCCCCAGCCACCUCCUCCAGCCUACCCGGCGUUGACCAAGUUGACCAAAGGCGUUCCCAGGCCAGCCGAGAUAUAUAAUCUGUCCAGCGUGUCCUGGGUCUGGGUUUUCCUGUGAAACAAACAAACACUAUAUAUAUAUAUAUAUAUAUAUAUAUAUAUUGGUAAAGUCCACGUUCGAAGCACUGACGUCACAUUUGAAUCCGACGUCCAGUAUGACUUCACGAAUCAUCGUGAGAACCCCGUGUAUCCAUGACAACGUUCUGUAAAAAAACAUUUAGCAGCGUUUCGUGCAGCACAGAUUACUGUCUCUUCGCGUGUUAACAGCUACAGCAGAAAACGUUUUUAAACUUUUCAGCUAUUUUAACUACAGUCAAAAUUGUAAACAGCCAGUUUAAGUUUGCAGCUUACUGAUCACUUUCCUCCAGUCCAGUGGAUUUAAACCAUAUUUAAAAUGGAUAGCGGAGACGGUGAGAUCAACGGCGCUAACCAAAAUGUGGAGCUAAGAUUUUGCCCGCUGCUCCAUUUAGUGGAGCGCUUUGAACAUUACGCUGCAGUAGGUCCAGAGAUGAGUUUGCUCCGGGAUACUAUAAUGCGUGGGUUGUUCAAUGAGUUCAGCCUGGAAACUGUGAUUGAAAUUUUUUAUAAUACUCUGGGGCUUGGGAAUAUUGACGAUAUUGCACGAGUGGACCUAGCUCUGCAAGCAGCUGGCAUAGGAUUAAAUCCAGCAGUAGGAGCAGAAGGUCCGUGGGACAAUGAAGCGCUCCCUCUUCCAGCAGCUGACAUGGAAAACAACCUGGCCGGUUUAGCUGAAGAUCACUGGGACCAUCAAGGUCUUCAUCUACCGGCAGUAAAUGUGGACAUUAAUCUACCCCGGCAAGAAGAUCAGUUUGCUGAUGACAUGUGGUGGGUCUGGGAAAGUGACAUUAAUUCUGGCACUGAAAAUGAAAGCGACCUUGAAAGCGAAUCAGAUGAUGAUGUCCCAGAGUCAAUACCUACCAUCCCAGAACCUCAAAGAUCCAGGAGCCCUCCAAGAGAGGAAGCUGAUGAAAGCGAUCUCUUUGGCUCCAGGAGGCGCCAAAGAGAAGAAAAUAAUAAUGGCGACAGUAAUGAGAUGAACAUGAAGAGAUUCAGGUUCCUCAACUCAGGCAACGAACCGUCAGACACCACCUCUGAAAGUGAGGAUAAUGAAAAUGAAGACACGGUGUCAUCACCCUCUACUUCAGCUGACACAGAAGCAGGACAGAAGAAGAGAAAACGGGAUGAUGAUGAUGAGGACAAUGGAAGAGACAAAAAAAUGUGUAAAAAGUAACAAAAUUGUGGUGCUGGACCCUCAGGAUUGACCCCCCGACCCCUCUCACCCUCCUAUGUGGUGUGUUUGUGUGUGAGCACCAUCAGAGACUGUGACUUUGAGAAUCUGGAAGUGCCUGGUGGCAUCUUUAUCUGUCCUCCUUGUUGUUUACAAGGAGAGUUAUUUAUAAACUCUCUUUGCUUUAUGCCUAAACUUCCUGUCUAGGUUGUUCAUCGCAGCAGAUAGUUGCCCACAACUGAGCCUGCUUUCAGAAAAAUAUGUGAACACUAACCAAAUUGUGCUGUUAGACACUCAGUAUUGACUUCCAUCUCCAAUGAGUUCCACAAGUGCAGUCUGUGAGUUGCACAUUACUGAGAUUUAAGUGUUUUCAACUCGUCUUCAUCAUUACAGCAGGAAGCUGUAUAGUACGAGUUGUAAGGGAUUUAAAGGUGGAUGCUGAAAUGGCUCAGGAAUUGCCAGGACAUUCAUAGACUUUUUCAUAGCUUUACAUACUGUGUCUAGAAUCUUUUUUUGCUGAUGUGAUUAUGUGCAAGCAGCACUUUUGCUGAUGACUGUGCCAGGUGUAGCUAGGUGUAAUUCUUUAUUAAUGCUGAGCAGCUUCAGAUGUUCAAAUAUGAAUAUUUGAAAGUACACAUGAGAAAAAGAGAGAACUUCAUGCCACAAAUAAGGAAAACACUGUCCAGUAGCUGCUCAGCACUGGCUGUUACUAAAACCACACUUACAAAAUAUUCAGAUGAUCAAAGUGUUGUGGAAAAAUAAACUGAGCAUUAAAA